AUGAAGAUGUUGCUGAUGGUGGUGAUGGUGGUGAUGGUGGUGAUGGUGAUGGUGAUAGUGAUGGCGAUGGCUGCGGCGAUGGAGAUGCGGGUGAUGGUGAUGAUGAUGGUACUGAUGAUGUUGAUGCUGGAUGUGAUGGUGAUGGUGGCGAUGGUGGUGAUGGUGGUGAUGUUGGUGAUGGUCGUGAUGUUGGUGAUUAAUAUGGUGGCCAUGGUGGUGGUGUUGGUGGUGGCGGUGAUGAUAAAGAUAGUGGCGAUGUUGAUGGUGUUGUUGGUGAUGGUGAUGGUGUUGUUGAUGGUAGUGGUGAUGUAG